AUGUCUCUUCCAACUCAUUUCAAGCUUAACACCGGCACCAAGAUCCCUGCCGUGGGACUUGGCACUUGGAGAUCUGAGCCUGGUCAAGUUCGCCAAGCAGUCUCGUUUGCUCUCAAGAACGGGUAUACUCACAUUGACGCAGCAUUAAUCUACGGAAACGAGCACGAAGUCGGCCAGGGAAUUAAGGAUAGCGGCGUCCCUCGCGAAAAGAUCUUUAUCACCAGCAAGCUGUGGAAUACCCACCAGCCCAAUGCUGCUGAGGGCUUGCAAAAGACACUGGACGCCUUAGGCACGGAUUAUCUCGACCUCUAUCUGAUCCACUGGCCAGUCCGACUUGUCCCUAACGAGUUCAACCAGCUUCUGCCAGUCAACCCUGAUGGCACACGAUGCGUCGACCGAUCCUGGGACCAGAGCGAGACCUGGCGCCAGAUGGAGGAAUUAUACAAGGGCGGCAAAGUCAAGGCGAUCGGUGUUGCCAAUUGGUCAAUUUCCUACUUGGAGGAGCUUAAGAAAACUUGGACUGUGGUCCCCGCCGUCAAUCAAGUCGAACUGCACCCCUUCCUCCCUCAGCACGCACUCAAGGACUGGUGUGACAAGCAUGGCAUUCAACUUGAGGCGUACUCACCACUUGGAUCCGAAGGCGCUCCCCUUAUGUCUGAUUCUGAAAUUCAAGAGAUUGCGAAGAAAAAUGGCGUUUCAGCUGCUACAGUACUGAUCAGCUACCACGUUAACAGGGGUGUGAUUGUUCUACCCAAGUCUAUCAAGGAAAGCCGAAUCGUGAGCAACAGUGAAGUCAUUCCCCUCUCCAUUGAGGAUAUGAAAGUGCUGAACGGUCUCGCUGCACAAGGAAAGGCGAAGCGUAUCAAUACGCCUCUGUGGGGUUGGGAUCUUGGAUUCGAUGACUGGUACAGUCAGUGA